UAUGGUUCUCCAGGUGCUUGUGGAUCACCGUGGGCAUUUCAUUGACAUUAACGCAGGCUGGCCCGGAAAGGUGCAUGAUGCACGCAUCUUUUGGAACACUGGCCUGUUCAGGAAGCUGCAGGCAGGGACUUUUUUCCCAGACCAGAAGAUCACAGUAGGGGACGUUGAAAUGCCCAUUGUGAUCCUUGGAGACCUCGCUUACCCAUUAAUGCCUUGGCUCAUGAAACCGUAUACAGGGAAGCUUGACAGGAGCAAGGAAUGGUUCAACUACAGGCUGAGCCGGUGCCGAAUGACUGUGGAGUGUGCUUUUGGCCGUUUAAAGGGGAGCUGGCAUUCUAUGUAUGGGAAGCUAGACUUGGGGGAAAGCAGCAUCCCUGCGGUUAUAUCCGUGUGCUGUACCCUCCAUAAUAUUUGUGAAGGGAAGGGUGAAACAUUCAGUCAGGCAUGGACCUAUGAGGUUCAACGCCUAGAGGCUGAAUUUGCACAGCCAAAGAGCAGGGCUACUAGAGAGGCCCAGCACAGGGCUUCAAGGAUUAGGGAUGCCUUGAGGGAGGAAUUUGAGGCUGAAAACCAACAGUAAUGUUUGGUGCCUUGCAUGGGAGUGGAGUGCAGUGGUUACAAUGUUAGUAGGAAUCUGUUUUUCCUAAGCUGAUUUGCAGUGCCUGUUUCUUUCCUGGGCUAAGGUAUCUUUUUACUUUCUGCAAUAAUAAAGACUGUUUUCAAAAUCAAGGAUUCAUUUAUUGAAAAGAAAAUAACUUUAUUGACAGACACACAACAUUUUGGGAACCUAAAAGGGCAAGGGGGUGCGGUGGGGAACUGUACAGUCACAGGUUAGAAUAUGUCCUGUCUGGAGUGCUGUGCAAUGACUGCUGCACUUCAGGAUGCCUAUACUGCAUGGUGAUGGGGGCUGAGUGCAGAGGGUAAGGGUCGUAGUUCUUAGGGCUGGUUGGUGAACGUACAGGUGUUGGAGGCAGCUGGUGGUGGUGGUAAGAACCUGGAUGCUGGGGAAGGGGGUUUUGAGCUG